AUAAAUAUUCGCGGGUUAAGGUUUCCACUCAGGCAUAACAGUAAAACUAAAUCUGUCGUGACGACACGUUAAUCGUUCAGUUAAUAAUAGUGAUUUUUAUCUGAUUGUGUGUAGCCCGCACUUCAUUAAAGAUUAGUAAAGAAUUUAUUGUACCAUAGUUGCACGAUGUCUUCUUCUUAUAACAUACUGAAUGGAAUAACGGGGGUAGUGGGUAUAGGGUUAUUAGCAUCUGUGAUCACCUGGAUAGUAAAGUACCAAUCUGGAUUCGGAUGGGCUUCCAGUCCCGAUUUGGAAUUCAAUUGGCAUCCCUUUCUCAUGGUGUUAGGGUUGGUGUUUUUAUAUUCGCAAUCAAUUCUGAUCUAUAGAACCGGACGGUACCACACCUCAAAAAAGAUCCUAAAGUACGCCCACGCUUUAAUCCAUUUAAUAGCCUUCCUAUGCUCAAUCGUGGGACUCGUGGCAGUUUUCGACUCGCAUAACAGAAAAGGCACCCCCAACAUGUUCUCGUUACACUCAUGGAUCGGUUUAAUAACCGUUAUUACGUUCGCCCUGCAAUUUGUCUCUGGAUUCGUGGCGUUUUUGUUUCCAGGCCUCUCAGGAUUCAUCAGGAAAUUACUUAUGCCUUACCACGUAUUUUUUGGCACUAUCGCCUUCAUUUUUGCUAUUAUUACCACUGUGGCCGGAAUAACAGAGAUGGUGCUAUGGACGGAUAAUUUCGAAACUAAACCUCCGGCAGUGCUUUUGCUCAACUUCAUGGGUCUAUUGGCAGUUGUAUAUGGCUCCAUGACGGUUUACUUGCUACUCAAGCCGGAUUACAAGAGGGUACCGCUACCCGAAGAUUAAUUUAUCGAAUGUUGUUAGAAUCUGAAGAUGUUUUCUAAAGUUAUAAUAAAAAAAUAAUAGUGAG